UUAGGGAAGUGGCGUGUCAUCUAGACCGUCCAUCUAUCUCUGUUAGCUUAUCCUCGUAUGAUCAUGCAAGGGUUCUGUUUGGUUUUCACCUCCCAAAAUAAAAAAUUAAAUAAAUAACUAAAAUUCCGGCCACCACCACCAGCAUCGUCCGAUCAGAUUCUGGUUUCCUCCGUCUCCGAUCUUCCAUCCAUGACGUUGUCAGACGAUGAAGACGCGUCCUUAGCUGAGUUUCUCGAAUCUGAAGUCCUCUGUGAAGCCUACGAUGCCGACGCCGAUACCGAGAAAGAGAGGAAAUUGAAGGAGGAUGAAGAAGAGCCAAAGAAGAAGAAAUUGCGUGUAGAGGAAGGUUCAAGCUCAGGUUCAGGUGCAGAUCCGGCGAGAAUUGCGAGUGGAAUUUUGAGCAAGAUUCCUCCCGAACUAUUUCCCCACAUACUCAAAUUUCUCUCUUCUGAGGACCUUGUAUCGUGUUCACUGGUUUGUAGAUUCCUUAAUUAUGCUGCUUCUGAUGAGUCUCUGUGGCGUCGCCUAUACUGUAUGAGAUGGGGUCUGUUGCCGCCUAAUAAGAGUUUGCGAGUUUGUGCUUGGAAAAAGCUUUACAUUCAGCGAGAUGAGGAAGAUAUGGUUGAAUUUGUUAGAAAUUGCUCAGCUGAGUUUAAGGAGUACUAUAUGCAAAUGCAAGUAGCAAAGAGAAGUCAAGCACCUCUUCCUUCACAGGUGAAGGAUGACAGGAUAAUUCUUGACAAGACAGUUGGUGAUCAAGUUUCUAUCUGGAAAAGCAGUCGGGGCCUGACUGAUAACAUGAUUACUGACCAUGCUUGUUCUGGAGAAACGUGUAGUUACCACCAAAUUGGCAAUGUAUUUGUCUGUGAGAAGACUGGCUAUGUUCAUGUCUGUGAUGAUACAUGCAGAGAGGUCAUUUUGGACCCCAACGAUUUGCUUAUGGUCUGUAAAAUUUCUGGGCGCUGUUUUGAAAAUUUGAUGUCACAAGCUGAAACAGAGUCAGAUUCUGAACAAGGUGGUGUGGCAGAUGAAGCAGAGCCUUUCAUGGGAUCUGGCCGAUUUGCUCGAGCUUAUACAUUGGGAUACAAUUGUGAUGAUGAGAAAGAGCUGGAAGCUGCUUUGAGGUUUUGCCCGAUUUAA